UUUCACAAGUUUUACACUCGGAGACCUUUUCAUUUGCGAUAAUGAUAUAUAGGAGAAGGUAAAGAUGCCGAAGAAGGACGCGGAGGGUACCAGUCCUUCGCCGCCGGAAACUCAGGUGUUUUGGAUUGAGACUUCGAAUUCCGUGUCUCGCCGCUUCCAGUUCGAAGCUGAUGGUCAGCUAUCUGUAAAUAUUGUUGAUGAUUCUAGAUCUAUUGGGCAGAAAGUGGUUGAAACUUUUGUGAACAAAUUUUUCCCCUCAGGAUAUCCAUAUAGAGUCUAUUCAUCGAAGUUAUGCUGUGCUUGUGCUGCAGUGUGAAUGAGGGUUAUCUCAGAUACACACAGUUCCGAGCAUUACAACACUUCUCCAGUGCAGCUUUAUCUGUUCUGUCAACUCAGUCCUUACUAUUUGCUGCAGGCUUAAGAGCUACACCUGCACAAGCAACUGCCGUGAGUUGGAUUCUCAAAGAUGGGAUGCAGCACGUGGGUAAGAUUAUUUGUAGCAACUUAGGUGCAAGGAUGGACUCUGAGCCUAAAAGUUGGCGAGUUUUAGCUGAUGUUCUCUAUGACUUCGGCACUGGGUUAGAAGUUUUGUCUCCUUUAUGUCCUCAGUUGUUUCUUCAGAUGGCCAGCCUUGGAAAUUUUGCAAAGUUUUUUACAUUUUGUAUUGCCAGGGAAUGGCUGUUGUUGCAGCAAGAGCAACAAGGUUACCGAUAUAUUCAUCAUUUGCAAAAGAAGGCAACCUUAGUGACCUUUUUGCAAAAGGUGAAGCUAUAUCCACAGUGUUUAAUGUUCUUGGAAUUGGCUUUGGAAUUCAGUUAGCAUCUACCAUUUGUUCAUCAACGCAAGGAAAGAUGGUUAUUGGACCUCUACUAGCUGUCAUACAUAUCAGCUGUGUCACUGAAGAAAUGAAAGCUACACCGGUCAACACAUUGAACCCGCAACGUACUGCACUGAUUGUGAAAAACUUUGUGAAGACAGGAAAAAUAUGUAGCCCAGCUGACUUACGAUAUCAAGAGGAUCUCUUAUUUCCUGGACGGAUAAUAGAGGAUGCUGGAAGCGUUAAGGUGGGAAGAAAUCUGAGUAAAGUUGUUCGGCCUUCACAUUUACGACAACUUAAAGAAGUUUUUCCUGAAGAAAAGUUUUUGCUGUGUCGUGGACCUAGAUCUACGGACAUGAUAUUGGAGCAUAAUGCUACAGGGGAAGACGCUCUGAGGGGAUGGCUGGUUGCUGCAUAUGCUUCAGCAAUGGAAAAACCAUUUCAUAAUUCAAGUGAGAACUGCAUGCAAGAGGCUUAUGAGAAGAUGAACAAUGUUUUCAUUCCAUUUCUAUGUGAGUUGCAGGCAAAAGGGUGGCAUACUGACCAGUUUCUUGAUGGUAGAGGAAGUCGCUUUAGCAUUUAGUGUCAUUCAAUUUCAGGCUUGAAUGAUAUGGGCAUUACAAUGAGUGUUUUUAAUCCAAAGUCCAUUUCUUUGAUGGCAGCUAAAAAACAUUUGGUUUCAUUCAAAUUCACUGGCUGUGAACAAUGCCUUCUGACCCUAUUUCCUAAAUAGAUUCUUAUAAGUUUCUUCCACAAAAUUGGCUGAGUUCAAUUUUGCCAACUGAGAACUGACUGUGUCACUGUAUGUUGCAAGUUGACUGUGCGUACAUGUUUUCUAAUCCGUG